AUGAGCAAACGAGCAGCAGACAAGACUGUUUCUGCUGGGCUAGAAUUUUUCUCCGCCUGGUUUUGCCCCUAUGCACAGCGAGCUUGGAUUGCUCUCGAGCACCACGGCCUCAAGUACAGGAAGAUUGAGGGAUUACUUCCAGAUGCUCCAGGUGAAGACUUCAAAGGCUACAAGAAGCAUCCCAGAUUGCUGGAGUUGAACCCCAAGGGUUUGGUGCCCACCCUGGCCGAAGAUGGCAUGCCGCCUGUCUAUGAGAGCUCUGUUUGCGUGGAGUACAUUGAUGAGAUAGCAGCAUGCUGCGGAGAACGCCCCAGCCUAAUGCCAGGCACCCCUGCAGAGAGGGCAGCUCUUCGGCUAAAAGUAGAUUGGAUCAACAAGAAUCUUUGCUCCCCCUUCUACCAGGUGUUGGUCCGCACAUCUACAGAAGACCGGGAAGCUGCCCUCAAGAUGCUACAGUGCAGCAUCGAUGAACUGGAGGCGUGGAUCAAAGGACCCUACUUCAUGGGCGAGCAACUUACGGCAGCCGAUAUUGCCUUUAUUCCUUGGGCUUAUCGCAUCUUGCACUGCAAGAUCCUGGAACGGUUUCGAGGCCCAGCCUUUGCUCUCGACCUGGCGACUCGUCCAAAGCUGGCAAAGUGGCUAGACAGUGUCUUAGCCACCGAAGCCGUCAAAGCCACGUUGGCUGAACCCGAAGCGCUUUGUGGUACCUACAAGCGGUAUGCCGACAACACGGCACUUUCAAAGGUUGACGAGCUUCCAGAUGAAAGUGAGGAGGAUGAAGAGGUGUUGGUGGCUUGCCUGGACCGGCUUGCUGACCAGGCUCCGCGGCUCAGCGCGGAAGACUUGGUUGCAAGUCUGUGCGGAUUGGCUAUGCUUGGUGUGCGAGAUGAUGUAGCAACAGCGGCCCUCUCGGAGGAGGUCACACAGGCUAUACCCAUGCUGGCUUGUCCCGAGCUGGCACUGCUCUCGUGGGCAUGUGGUACACUGGGCCUGCGCAGUGUGCCAACAAUGGAGGCCAUUGCGGAGGAAUCACUUCGCCGCAUCUGGCAAUUUGGAGCUAAUGAUCUCAUCAAGUUGCUUUGCGGCUUUGGAUCCCUUGGCUUAAGGCACAGACCCUUCCUGGAGGCAGUAGCAAGUGCAAUAGACUGGUCUUUGCAGCAGCUGCCUUUGCGAGGCCUGGUGCAGGCAGCGUGGUUCUUGGCAGUGCUUGCAAGCCCGGAGCAUAAAGUGAUGACUUCCAUUGCGAAUCAGAUGCUCAUGCAGCUGGAACAUUUGUCUCUGGCAGAGCUGGCGGGGGUCUGGGUGCUUAGUGACUUGGUCUUCGACAUGGAAGGCUGA